AUGAGUAAGACACAUCCACCAGAGUUGAAGAAAUACAUGGACAAAGAAAUGGAACUCAAGUUGAAUGGUAAUCGUCGUGUGUCUGGUGUUCUUCGUGGAUUUGACCCAUUCAUGAACAUGGUUAUUGAGGAUGCGAUUGAAUAUCCGAAGAAUGGUGAUCCGAUUUCACUUGGAAUGGUUGUAAUUCGUGGUAAUUCCGUUGUAAUUAUGGAGCCGAAGGAACGGAUCUGUUGA